AUGAUUUUAAUAUCGGCCUUCAUCUCACUCCUAGCCCUCGGGGACAUUGCUGCCGGGGCCCAGCUUCGUAAAGGGCCACUAGUCGGACCUCCGCGCACUACACGGCAGGACACAAAACUUGCUUCGGCCGGCGAGCUGACUCGUCGCGCCGUGCAGGUGAACCAUUUCGACCAGCUAGUUGACCACGGCAACCCGUCCCUCGGCACCUUCAAACAGCGCUACUGGUGGGAUACCACGUACUAUGCCGGCGCGGGUCACCCCAUCGUCAUCUACAACGCGGGCGAGUUCAACGGCGAGUAUGCCACCACAAACACAUAUGUCCACAACCGGAGCAUUCCAGGGAUGGUGGCCGCAGAGGUCGGUGGCGCUGUCGUGAUUAUCGAACACCGCUACUUUGGCCAGUCCAACCCCUUCAGCCAGUACACCGUCGCCAACCUAUCACACCUGAACCUCAACAACUCCAUCGCCGACAUGGUCAACUUUGCCCGGACCGCCAAGCUGCCGUUUGCCAACGGCAACGCCAGCGCCACGGACCCGUCUCGCGUGCCGUGGAUCAACGUUGGAAGCUCCUACUCGGGCAGUCUUGCGGACUGGACCCAGCGCCUGGACGCGACGAGGACGUUUUGGGCCACGUACGUGAGCAGCUCAAAGGUCCAGCUCUUUGACGACUUUUGGAUGUACUUUAAGCCCGUCGAGCUGGGGAUGCCCAAGAACUGCAGCGCCGACAUCAACAGGGUCAUCGACCACGUCGACAAGAUCCUGCAGACCGGUUCCGCCAAGGACAAGUUGGACUUGAAGACAAAGUUUGGCUGGGCAAAGCUAAAGUACGACGAUGAUUUCGCCGAAGCCCUCUCUCAAGGUCCCUAUCUCUGGCAAAGCAAGGACUUUUCUUUUGGCUACAUGCCUUUUGAUCUGUUCUGCGACUAUGUCGAGAACGCCGUUCCUUCCGUCUUCCCCGACGCUACUGCCCCUGGACCUGAUGGCGUCGGGUUGGAGAAAGCUCUGGAUGGCUAUGCCAAGUGGAUGCAGUUCGAGUACAUUACGAAAACCUGUCAAUCAACCCCCAACUCCGACGAUGCUGCCAGCUGUGCCGACACCCACGACGCCAACGCCAGCUUCUACACAAGCGUGGACGUCGACCCCAGUGCCACAGACAGGCAGUGGCAGUGGAUGAACUGCGUAUGGCCACUGGCAGGCCGACUCAGCGGCGCCCCCAAGGGCGAGCCGACGACGCUCAAGUCGCGCCUGGUCACGCCCGCGUACUGGGCGCGGCAGUGCGCAAGCUACUUCCCGGCCCCGGCGGGCAGCAAGCUCCCGGGCGCGCUGACGCCGACAGAGGCCAACGAGGAGACCAAGGGCGGCUACACGUACGCGGGGCAGCAGCGCGUGCUGUACGUCAACAACCAGUUCGACCCCUGGCUGUACGGCAGCGUGUCGUCGCCCAUGCGGCCCGGCGGCCCGAUGCAGACGACCGGCGACAAGACGCCCGUCCUCGUCAUCCCGGGCGGCGACCACAUGUCGGACUUUUGGAAGGACAAUGCAGAGGUCAACGCCGAGGUCGAGAAGCUGCAGAACCAGGCCAUAGACAUCAUGGUGAAGUGGAUCAAGGAGUUUCCGGGCAAGAAGUAG